UGUUUACAGACAUCCGGAGAAUCAUGGAGGACAGUGCAGGCAGUAAUCCUCAGUCUGUGGGGCUGACUGAGAAAUUCAAGUCGUGGCUCUCCUGGUCGUGGACCUACGUGUGCUUCAUCUGGCUCGGCAUGGUGCUCAUCAUGGUCUACGUGUUGUGGAGUCCGCUCAAGCUGCAGGAGACGCUCGCCUCAGCAUCAGUGUUUUUAAACACUCUCACUCCCAAGUUCUACGUGGCUCUCACUGGAACCUCCUCCCUCAUCUCUGGACUCAUCCUUAUAUUUGAGUGGUGGUACUUUCGUAAAUAUGGGACCUCGUUCAUUGAACAAGUGUCCGUGAGCCACCUGCGUCCUCUCCUGGGGGGAGUGGAGAGCACCUCCACCACCGGCCUGUUCUCAUCAGUUAAUGGAGAAGCAGAGCCAAGACCCAGUGUUUCAGAGUGUAAGGUCUGGAGGAACCCUCUGAAUCUGUUCAGAGGAGCAGAAUACAACAGGUACACCUGGGUAACAGGGAAAGAACCCUUAACGUAUUAUGAUAUGAACCUGUCUGCUCAAGACCAUCAGACCUUCUUCACAGGAGACACUCAGCAGUUACGGACGGAAGACGCCGUGAUGCAGAAAGCCUGGAGAGAGAGAAAUCCUCAAGCCAGGAUCAGAGCAGCUUACCAGGCCAUAGAGAUGAACCAUGAAUGUGCUGCUGCCUACGUGCUCCUAGCAGAGGAGGAAGCCACGACUAUCACAGAAGCUGAGCGCCUCUUUAAAAAAGCAUUAAGUAUUGCUGGAAAAGAUAUCAACUUACUGGUGUACAUUAAACGCAGACUGGCAAUGUGUGCACGUAAACUGGGGCGGAUUAAAGAAGCAGUGAAAAUGAUGAGAGAUUUAAUGAAGGAGUUCCCGCUGUUGGGAAUGUUAAAUAUUCACGAAAACCUCUUGGAGGCGCUACUAGAGCUUCAAGCAUAUGCUGAUGUCCAAGCAGUCCUUGCAAAAUAUGAUGACAUCAGCUUGCCAAAAUCAGCCACUAUAUGUUACACAUCUGCACUGUUGAAAGCACGGGCUGUGUCUGAUAAGUUCUCUCCAGAGGCAGCGUCCAGGCGGGGACUGAGCACAGCAGAGAUGAACGCUGUGGAGGCCAUACACAGAGCUGUUGAGUUCAAUCCACACGUGCCAAAGUACUUAUUAGAGAUGAAGAGUCUGAUCCUGCCUCCAGAGCACAUCUUGAAGAGAGGGGACAGCGAGGCAGUGGCAUACGCCUUCUUUCACCUGCAGCACUGGAAGAGGGCGGAGGGAGCCUUAAACCUACUACACUGCACCUGGGAGGGCACCUUCCGGAUAAUUCCGUACCCGCUGGAGAAGGGUCACCUGUUUUACCCUUACCCAGGAUGCACAGAAACAGCAGAUAGGGAACUAUUGCCCUUUCUUCAGCACACUCUUUGCACCCCUGGGUUUCUUCGCAGACAAGAUGGAAAGCUUCAUGCCGUCCAGUUUUUGGCACCAGCUGACUCGGAUCUGACCCCAUCUCACACACAUACACAGACACACAGACACACACACACACCCACAGAGAUACACUUAUACACACCAUUAUCACUCCCAACACAAACACACACACACACAACACACACAUAUACACACCAAUACCACUCCAAACCCUCAGAGAAAAAGUGUUUGCUCUCCUGUCUUCAGCAUUACUGUCCACUUGCUGCAUUGUUACUGAUUAUGUUGGCUGAGGUUGUAUCAACACUGCAAAACCACUCUUAAGAUGCUCUCCCACAUUGUCCCAGCAGCCAGAGUUUUUCCAAGAACACAUUUAAAGGGUCCCAUUUCCAACGUUUUCUCAGGGACAUUCAUUUGUCAGCGUGUUACAACGGGGCAAUAACAUUUUUUUUGGAUAUCCUUCAUAGCCUGAUUUUGAUCCUAGGUCAAAGGCAAAACUAAAUCAUGACCAAACUGAAACGGCUGUUUUCUGGUACGUGGAGUAUUUGGUAUUGGGAACCUAUGUGUCCUAUACCGGCCCUCUGCCCGCUGGGCAGAUAAGAAAAAGUCUGCGAGAGCUCGUAAAACAGAGCUGUGAUUUACAGCCUCAGAGUGGCUGCAGUGUAUACAACACCUCGACAGUUCAACAGUUGUUACCAUGGCAUGACACCUCAGCACUAUAUCACAACCACCGCCCCCGCAACAUGGAAACUGAACUGGAAUCAGCACUUUUUUGCGGCCGCUCGUGGCAUCUCUCAUUUUCUUUUGAUUGCCGUAUGAAUUGUCGUGAGUAAGCGUGUUAGUCAACUAUCAAAAAAUUACAAAGGCACACAGCUGUAAUACAUGCAGGAGAAUUGCAAUAAUUCUGAAUAUAUUGCAUUGAGUUCUUCAGUUAGGGUCAUCAUAACUCACUCAGUAUAUAUUCAAUGAGCCGAUUGCAUUUAGAGAUAGUGAGUCAAACAACCAGACAUCGACAUAUUGUACAAAGUGAGAGUCAUUUUAUCUGAUGAGUACAAAAUGUCAUUUGUUGAUUCUGUCACUUCCAGCUUCAAAGUAUUUGCUUUUCACUAUCUAAGUAAAUACGCUGAGGUACCAGAACCACCUUUCUGUAUAAAGUAUAAUGUAAAAACUAUCUGAAAACAUCACAUAGAAACAAAUGUGCGUGAAACUGUGAUAAAACCUUUUGGUCUAAUAUCCUGUACAUCAGUGUUCUCUACCUCAGAGAUAGUAAUGUUGUGAUGUCACAUGAUCCCAACACUUGAUAAUUGUUGUUUAUUAUUUAUGAUGCAUCAACAGGUUUCAUUACAUUUGAACAUUCGGUCAUGUUUGUUUUACUUGUGACUAGAUAAUUAUUACAUUAUAGGAAGCGACAGUCUCUUACAGCAACGGCCUCAGUGUGAAAUGUGAGUAACAUCAUUCUGGCAACUCUUCACCCCACAUGUGAUUACACAGAAAAAUGUGAUGAUAAAGUGCCUUUUUUUUUAAGUACAUCACUAAAACCAACAUUGAUUUCAAGUUUAGCUGCGACUUGUUUCAAUUUUAAUGAACCAGAUUUGAUCAACAGAUUCCUUCAAAAAGCUUUAAAUUCAUUCAGUGUCCAGUGAGGAGCAUCUAUAGAUUUACCAGCCAGGUAACAAUGGCAAACAUGCAGUACAUGCACAUGAUGUAAUGGCACAUGCAUGUGUGUCAUUGUGUUGCAAAUUGUUGGAGUUGAAGAGACUGACAAACAUGUGAAAUGUACGGACACAUGCUGAAGACAGGAGAAUGUUUGAAGCUGUCACUAUCCCUGGAUGAGUUUGAAGGUAAAACUCACAAUAAAUUACUGUUUCAGUGCAACUUUCUCGAA